AUGCAGAGGUCAUCAAUUGUCUUAUUCAUAUCCCUCGUCACCUGCGCCUGGGCCAUAUACCGCCCUCCCGUACCCGCUGCACAGAAACGUUUGGUUUGCUACUAUGACUCGGCCAGCUUCGUCAAGGAGACUCUGGCCAAAAUGGUCAUCGAAGAUUUGGAACCGGCCUUUCAAUUUUGCACCCACAUUAUCUAUGGAUUUGCCGGCAUUGAACGUGACACCUUUAAGGCGAAAAGUUUAAAUGAAAAUUUAGAUUUGGAUUUGGGUAAGGGACUUUAUCGUAAAGUGACUCGUCUCAAGCGUAAAUACCCGAAUGUUAAGGUAAUGCUAAGUGUUGGUGGCGAUCGUGAUGUGGAUGUGGGUGCGGGUGAUUUGCCGAAUAAAUAUUUGGAACUCUUGGAAUCGGCAAUUGGGCGCCAACGUUUCAUACGCACCAUUUACGCUCUGAUUAAAAGCUAUGGAUUUGAUGGUGUCGAUGUGGCCUUUCAAUUUCCCAAAAAUAAACCCAAAAAGAUCCAUGGAGUUUUUGGCAGCAUUUGGAAGCGGAUUAAGAAAACCUUUUCGGGAAAUUCUGAUGUUGAUCCAAAUUCUGAGAAACACAAGGAGCAAUUUUCUGCCCUGAUUCGGGAAUUGAAGAGUGAAUUACGUACCGAUAACUAUUCGGUUUCCAUUACCGUUUUGCCGAGUGUUAAUUCAACGAAGUUCUUUGAUAUUCCGCUAUUGGAUAGCUAUGUUGAUUUUGUAAACUUGGCUACAUUUGAUUUCUACACACCCGAACGUAAUCCCAAGGAAGCGGAUAUAACAGCUUCCCUAUAUCCUUUGACUGGUCGUAACCCCGAAUUCAGUGUUGAUUCAGUGGUCCAGACAUGGUUGAGUAAAGGCUUUCCAAGUCAAAAACUAAAUUUAGGUAUUAGUACUUAUGGUCGAGCUUGGAAAAUGACAACGGAUUCGGGAGAUUCUUGGGUACCACCCAUUAAAGAUGUUGAAAAUGAAGCUCCCUUGGGAGAGAAUACUCAACUUCAGGGUUUAUAUAGUUUUCAGGAGGUAUGCAGUAUGUUACCAAAUUCUAAUAAUAUGUAUGUGAAGGAGGGUCCCAAUGCUCCUCUGAAGAAAGUUUUGGCUGAUCCUGCUCGUUGUAAUAGUGUCUAUGCUUUCCGCCUUGCUGACAAAAAGAAAAAUAUAAAUGGCCUUUGGAUUUCAUAUGAAGAUCCGGAUACAGCAGCAACGAAGACGGCUUAUUCGAAAAAUUUGCAUUUGGGCGGAGUUGCACUAUUCAAUUUGGAACUGGACGAUUUCCGUGGUUUGUGUAUUGGCGAGAAAUAUCCCAUUUUGAGAGCUAUUAAAUAUCGUUUACUUCAUUAA